UGACAAGGUCACAAAUGAAAGACAGUCAUGUGAAAUACCGCAGUGGCCACCUGUUGCGACACCCCAUAUGGAGCCUCACGUAAGCUUCCGAAUACACCUGUGAACUUACGCUCGGCUUUUUUCGCUGUUCGGACCACAGUGAAAUCGCAUUUUUUUGUCUAAAAUGGCGAUGAACGGGACUGUUCGAACUGGGAAUUCUUUAACAGAGUUUCAGAGCCGCAAACAGGAGUAUAUAUUUGACACACUUUACGAUAUUACACACGAUAGAAACCUGUCGAGGCAAGAUUUCACCAAAUUGCAAAAACUGGUUACAGGUAUCAAAGGGCUGUCGGGACGAUGUGAACAGAGCCGGGCGCUGCAGACGCGGAUGGCCAGCAUCUGGUCGGGACUGAUGAAGAGCUCCAAGCACUACCGGAAGAACCCACUACAAAUGCACCUGAGUUUGCCUGAGUGGUUGUCGUAUUGGAGCGACUUUGUGAAGGCGGCGUCAAAGUCACGUGACUGGCCGGCAUCUUCCAUUGACGAUCACGCAGUGUACGACUGGCACGUGGAGUUCGUGGACUUCGUGUUUGACGUCAUGGACAUCAACAGCGACAGCGUUAUCGACAAGGAAGAAUACAUCAGCAGCUUGACACAGUUCAGCGUCCCGGCAGACAACUGCAAUCAGUCUUACAACAAACUCUCCCAAGCGUUGAAUGGGGAACAGUUGACCAGGGACCAUUUCAGGCAGUUUUGGUUUCGUUUCUUGGUCAGCGACGACCCAGCGGAAGUCGGCAACUUUCUGUUCGGAGACCCAACUCAGUCAACCAAAGCAUCAUCCGGGGAGUCGUAGAUGACGUCAUCAACAUGGCGUCGUCAACAUAGUCAGCCGACAUUCGUGACCAACUCGUGUUAUUCCGGGACAAGCCGAAUAGCGACUCGUGCCCCUCUCAUGGCCAUUUUUGCGACCUGGCUCCGUCUUAGCGCAAACGA